GAUAGACAGUAAUGGACUAAUGGCCGACAGCUAAGACGCUCGACCGAGAAGCUUUUUGAAAGGUCCAUGCUCAUUGAAAUAUUUGUGAAAUGACGCAGUUUUUGCCUCCAAAUCUUUUGGCUCUUUUUGCGCCACGCGAUCCCCCUCCAUUUUUACCACCACCUGAUAAAUUGACUCAUGAAAAAAAAAGAACGCCAUACAUUGGUAUAGCGCAGUAUACAAAUCUGUUUGAGGAUCCUAAAGAUACACCCCCUCCUACGCGAGCAGAAACACGGGAUGAACGGCGCGAAAGAAAACGUCGCGAAAAGGCAGAACAAGUUGCCUAUAAACUUGAACAGGAAAUUGCAAUGUGGGAUCCACACAGUAAUGGUGUUUCUACCAUGGACCCCUUCAAAACGCUGUUCGUUGCUCGCAUUAAUUUUGAUACUUCGGAAUCUAAAUUGCGCAGGGAGUUUGAAGUGUACGGAGUUGUUCGGAAGAUUGUGUUGGUGCAUGACAAGAGGACUAGUAAGCCACGCGGUUAUGCAUUCAUCGAGUAUGAACAUGAGCGAGACAUGCAUUCUGCGUACAAACACGCCGACGGAAAGAAAAUAGACGGCCGCAGAGUUCUUGUAGACGUAGAAAGGGCAAGGACUGUCAAAGGUUGGCUUCCUCGCCGUUUGGGUGGAGGCUUGGGUGGGACUCGUCGUGGAGGACCAGAUGUAAACGUAAAACAUUCAGGACGAGAGGACAACGAGCGCGAAAGGCAACGCUAUUUGGAUCGCGAAAGAGAAAGAGAACGUGGUGUGCCUGAGCGUGGUGAACGGGAUAGGGGUCAAGAGAGGGAAAGGGAGAGAGAACGGGAUAGAGAUCGGGGGGUAGAUCGUGAAAAGGAACGUGAUAAAGAAAGGGAUGGUAGAGAUCGUGACCGUCGCCGAAGAUCAAGAAGCCGUGAAAGAAAACGCAUUCGGAGGAGUGAAGACAGAGGUGACGUUUCGGUGAGUGCCUCCGAAAACAAUGGCCCUGCUACAUCAGGUGAUGAACGCCGUAAAGAUAAAGAGCGGGAUAAAGAAAGGAGAAGGUCGCGAUCUCGGGAUCAUGAGAGAAGAAAACGUUCGCGAAGUCGCGAUAGGAAAAGAACCAGACGUAACGAUGGACAUGUCGAAAAUUUGGGAGGUUCUGAGGGUGCUGGUCAAGUCGCUUCUGGCGAUGAGCGUCGCAAAGAAAAAGAUCGAGUUAAAGACAAGAACAAGGAUCGCCGGGAACGUCGCGAUCGUUACAAGGAUAAGGAACGAGAGCGUAGGGACUAUGUUCGGGAGGAUGGUGAACAGGUGCGAGUGAAGGAAGAACCGCCUGAUGAUUAUGACUAUACGGCCCAACAAUAUGAUGGCUAUAAUCAAUAUGAUCCUGACAACAUUAAAUACGAAGUGGAAGAGUCGCAAUUCCAGACUGAAGAAUACUAGCGUAUGUUUUUAUAGCAGUAACUUGUCUGUUCUUAAGGCUUUUUAACUUUACAAUUUUAAAGUGAGGUGAGUAUGAAACUGGAGGUAAAACGUCAAAUACACGUUAUUCAAAAGCC